UUUUGUUCUCUUAUACAGGAAUGAGACUUGGGCAACUUUGUGCUAGAAACAAGUUUCUCCCUUUCAUUUCUGGGAAUCUACCAUAUUCUAAAACUUCUGAACAAUUUGUCUCAGGUUCUAAGAAACAGAUUACUAGAGCUAUGAAGGCCAUUCUUCGAUUAUAUACUUCCUCAUCUUCAGAAGUGGUAUCUGUGCUUUUGGAACUUAUGCUGCAGACAGUGGAUUCCUCAAAUUUUCCAGGGGACUCAGAGAAUGCCCCAACAAUCCAUGAAAUUAUUGACAUGCAUAGUGCAUAUGAUGACUGGAAACCAAUCCUGAAGAAAUUGUCAAACAGAGAACCGGAUUUGCUUCUGACUCUUCUCAGGGCAACUCUAUCUAGACAAGAUUGAGACUAUGGGAGCCUCAAAGCAUGAGCUUGGUAAGUGAUGUAUUCUGGUUUUGAUAGUAGAAGGAUGGUAUGUUGUAAUGGGCAGCUGAGGUUGAAGAGCCUUUCUAGUACAUAAAAAGCAAUUGUUGUUAAACUAGCUUACCACUAUUAUCGAC